CCCGCCCGAGGGGCGUGGCCUCCGCCGGCGACGGCCCCGCCCCCGGAGUCCGGAACCCGCGCGCUCGCUGCCGGAGGUGGCGGAGGAUCCGGUCAGCUUCUGUCCGCGUCCAUGGCCGCCGCGCUGCUCGCCCGGGCCUGCGGCCCCCUCCGCGGAGCUCUCCAUGCUCAGGCCUGGCGGAGGUUACACACCAUCUACCAGUCUGUGGAACUGCCUGAGACACACCAGAUGUUGCGGCAGACAUGCCGGGACUUUGCCGAGAAGGAGCUGUUUCCCAUUGCAGCCCAGGUGGACAAGGAACAUCUUUUUCCCGCUGCCCAGGUGAAGAAGAUGGGUGAGCUCGGGCUUCUGGCCAUGGACGUGCCCGAGGAGCUCAGUGGCGCUGGCCUGGACUACCUGGCCUACUCCAUCGCCAUGGAGGAGAUCAGCCGGGGCUGCGCCUCCACCGGAGUCAUCAUGAGUGUCAACAACUCUCUCUACUUGGGGCCCAUCAUGAAGUUCGGCUCCCCGGAGCAGAAGCGGCAGUGGGUCACGCCUUUCACCAGUGGUGACAGAAUUGGCUGCUUUGCCCUCAGCGAACCAGGGAACGGCAGUGACGCGGGAGCCGCUUCCACCAUGGCCCGGGCAGAUGGUGACUCAUGGGUCCUGAACGGCACCAAAGCCUGGAUCACCAAUUCCUGGGAGGCCUCAGCCACCGUGGUCUUUGCCAGCACCGACAGAUCCCUGCAGAACAAGGGCAUCAGUGCCUUCCUGGUCCCCAUGCCAACACCUGGACUCACGUUGGGGAAGAAGGAGGACAAGCUGGGCAUCCGGGCCUCGUCCACGGCCAACCUCAUCUUUGAGGACUGUCGCAUCCCCAAGGAGAACCUGCUGGGCGAGCCGGGGAUGGGCUUCAAGAUCGCCAUGCAAACCCUGGACAUGGGCCGCAUCGGGAUCGCCUCCCAGGCCCUGGGCAUUGCCCAGGCUGCCCUGGACUGCGCCGUGAACUAUGCUGAGAACCGCAGGGCCUUUGGGGCGCCCCUCACCAAGCUCCAGAGCAUCCAGUUCAAGCUGGCAGACAUGGCGCUGGCCCUGGAGAGUGCCCGGCUGCUGACCUGGCGUGCGGCCAUGUUGAAGGACAAUAAGAAGCCUUUCACCAAGGAGGCGGCCAUGGCCAAGGUGGCUGCAUCCGAGGCUGCGACAGCCAUCAGCCACCAGGCCAUCCAGAUCUUGGGCGGCAUGGGGUACGUGACGGAGAUGCCAGCUGAGCGGCACUAUCGGGACGCCCGCAUCACUGAGAUCUAUGAAGGCACCAGCGAGAUCCAGAGGCUGGUGAUUGCUGGGCACCUGCUCCGCAGCUACCGGAGCUGAGGCUCCGGGGGCCCAGUGCCCACCAGGCAGAGCCACGUGCCUUAACCUGGACUCCACGCAACGGGGCAGGCCGCCCUGGCCUCUGCUCUGCAGGGACUAGUGGGCGCCCUGCCUCCUCACCCCAGAUCAGGGCGUCUCAGGGAGAGGACCGGCAGGCUGCUGUGACCUCCGACUGAGGACACACCCGCCUUCAGCGUGGAUUCUGGGUUCUGACACCCCUUCUGACCGACUGUGCCUCAUUUUCUUCACCUGAGUGGCCAUGGCCUCCUUCAGGCAGGACCACGGGGAGGGCUAAAUGACACCGUGCUGUCCGUGGCCCUGCAGCUCCGCAUGAAGACUCGGGAGGAGCUGGUGACCGAGCCUUCGUAGCAGCAGUUGUGGUCUCGGGCCCUGGGGUCCCAGGCUUGGCAAGUCUGUAGGGCUGGGUUGUGGAGCCUCCUCAGGUACAGAUGAGCACAGGUGGGUGGCCUGCUGGUCACGUGUGGGAACUGACUGCCAAUAAACAUACCUGUGCCCUC